AUGGGGAGAGGAUGGCGGCCUCACACAAGGGCAUCUUCAAUUGAUCCUCUUCUCGCUGUGCCAAGGGAGAAGACCCAUGAUUGUUGUUGGUAUUGUCACCACCGGAAGGGGGGGGAGUGAAUGAGCUGGCCCACCUAUGGUGUGCUAUAGGUGGCGCCAAAGGAGAGAGGAGGAGCAGGCCAUCCCCAUGGUAAGAGAGGGAUGUGCCAAAGGAGAGAGAAGGGAGGAAUGAGAGGGCUGAUCAUGAAUGAGGGUCCCAGCUAG